AUGUUGGAAUGCCUUGGACAUUCCAGAGGCGUUGCUUGUUUAGAGGCGGAGAUUGUGAAGUAUAGAGACAAAGUCUCUGGUAAGCUGGUCGAAGCCCGGGUUCCAACGACCUUGCUAGCGCUCCUGCGGCUACGAGCAUCUUGCAGUGGAAAGCCCCUCUCGGAUCAGAAGCUAGCGCGCAUGGCGGUAGACGUGAUGGAAGAGAACGCCUUCGAUCCGGUCCGUGCGGUGGCUUCUUUGUCCCCUUCCUCUCUGCUUUGCCCGUCUGGCGCACUACGUGUGCUGGGCAGCGGCUUCAUUGGCAUUGUCUUCCUAGAGGAGGACACCUCAGAGUCGUCGAUCAACGUAUGCAACGACAAGCUACGACAUGCUACGACCAAACCCCUGGAGGAGACUGGGGAGGUCGUGAAAGUGAUGCUGGAUGAUUUUGCCAAGAAGGAGUAUGAUCUCUGCCGCAUUUUUGCUGAAGCGGGUCUUGGUCCUUCACCUUUGUCGCUGGAGGGCCCAUGUUGUGUGCCCGGUGGGGAGCUCUACUGCAUUCGCAUGGAGCCCAUUAGCCACACGCUCCAUGGGCUACUGUGUGUGACUCGGAGUCGUUCCAAAAGAAACAGCGAAGAAACCAGUAGUAGACGAAGCCCACUGGAGUAG